CUCUGCAGUAACAGUAACAUCUCAUCUAAAUACGAGGACAUCAUCUCCAGAAGUGUUCUGCUGCAUCCAGGACCUCCUGCUGUCUACCAGCUGAGAACAAAGAAAGAGAAGAUUGGAACUCUGACAAGAAAAACUGUUGGAGAAAAAAAUGUGAACCAGAUCAAUAAAACCAUCUUAGUUGUGGGAGAAACAGGAGCAGGAAAAUCUGCUCUGAUCAAUGCUCUGGUCAACUACGCCAUGGGAGUGAAGUGGGAGGAUGAGGUCUGGUUUCAGAUCGUAGAGGAGGAGGAGAGAAGUCAGUCAGAAAGUCAGACAUCAGAUGUGAUCGUAUACCAGGUUUUUGGUUUUGAAGGUGAAGCUCUGCCCUACUCUCUGACCAUCAUCGAUACUCCUGGAUUUGGAGACACCAGAGGACCUGAACAAGAUGCCAUCAUCAGUCAAAGGUUGUUGGACUUGUUUAGAUCAGAUGAUGGAGUUAAUGAAGUCAAUGCAGUGGGUCUGGUGCUGAAGGCGAGUGAUUAUCGACUGAGUGACCGACAGAUAUACGUCUUCAACUCAGUGAUGUCUCUGUUUGGAAAAAACCUGGAGAAAAACAUCGUAGCUCUGAUCACACACUCAGAUGGAGGAAAACCUGAAAAUGCUCUUCAGGCUCUGGAAGCUGCAAAAGUCAAAUGUGCCAGAAAUGAGAAGGAUCAGCCUGUUCACUUCCUGUUUAAUAACCAACAGAAAACCCAGAGAGGCACAGAAGAAAAAACUAAAGCUACUUUAAAACAUUCAUGGGACAUAACAAAGGAAGGAAUGAGUGAGUUCACAGCCUUCCUGAACAGAACCGGACCUCUGAAGCUGAUGACAACAGUUGAAGUGUUGAAUAAACGAGUCAGACUGGAAGCCCGUGUCCAAAACCUGCAGGAGAGAAUCAAGUUUAUUGAAGCAAAGCAGACAGAAAUCAGUCAGACUGAAGAAGCUCUGAAGAAACAUGAAGGAGAGAUGAAGAAGAACCAGGAGUUCACUGUGGAAGUUGUUGAACCCUACAAAGAGAAAGAAAAAAUUAGAGGUGGGAUGUGGAAGUUGGUGUUUUAUGAAGGAGCUGUCUGCUGUACAGUCUGUGAAGAGAACUGUCACUAUCCUGGAUGUACAAUGGCCUGGUAUCCUGAACACUGUGAGGUCAUGAAAGGUGGACGCUGCACCUCAUGUACCAACAAGUGUCCUGCAUCAGAUCAUGUGAAAGAAAAGUGGAGAUAUGUGCCCAAGACAAGGAGAGUGAAGAAGACUCUGGAAGACAUGAAACUGAAGUAUGAAGAGAAUCAGAAAGAAAACCAGAAGAAGUCGAGUCUUUUGGAGAAACUGAAGAAAGAAAUGGACCAGCUGACAUCAGAGAAAACACAGUGGCUGGAGGAGGCCUACCAACAUGUUGUCAGACUGAAGGAGAUCGCUCUGGAAGCUGGUUCAGUGUCCACUCAUGUCCACCUGGACUUCCUGAUUGAGAAGAUGAAGGAGAAAGGAGACACAGAGAAGGUCCGGGAGCUGGAGGAGAUGGAGAGAAGGAUGGAUGAAGGAACCAGAGCAGCAGUGCAGUACGUUGUUGUUUCACAGCAGUUAGUGUAAAAGUUGGGAGACCAUACUGAACAA